CAUUCUCCUUCAAAACAAGAUUUGAGAAAGCUUAACCGUUUGCCGCGUACGAACAUUCUGCUAUAGACAGUGCAACGAAUGUGAGGAAUGAGUGUUGAUUUUAUGUAUUACAUUUUAUCUCAUUUUUAUAUUUAUUGCUUAAUUACGUGCUGAGCAGCAUACAAAUCGGAUUUAUUACUUUAAAAAGUAGAAAGUGUUUCUCAACAAGUUUAAUAAGAUGGAAAAUACACUGGACUCGAUCCGUCCAUCUGAGAACCCUCAGGAAGACAUGUCAUAUCUAUUUGGUAGAGAUCCAAGUAUUUUAGCAUACAGUCAGAGGCCUUUUCCAUCAAAGGAUACAAAAAAAAAUCUGCUUUCAUUGUAUGAAGUAGAAGAAAGCAAUUUCUCUAAUGAAAAUGAAUCUGAGCAUUCCGAAUCACAGACCUUACAAACUGUCAAAGUAUAUCUUCGACUUAAACCAUUUCCAAAGAAAUUAAAAUUAACGGAAGAACAACAAGACGCUUACAAAAUAAUAAGUUCUACAACAUUGGUCACAAAGCUACCAAUGGUAGAUAAUAAUAUAAGUUCCAUUAAACAAUACAGAAGCAGUGAAAUAAUGGGGAAAAAAUUUACCUUUUCACAAACAUUUGGUCCAGAAACCACUCAAUUAGAAUUAUUCAAGCAAACGGUACAGCAGCAAAUGAUAGAGUUCUUAGCUGGACACAAUUGCACUAUAAUGACAUAUGGAACUACAAAUUCAGGAAAGUCGUACACGUUGCAAGGGACCAAUACUUCACCCGGACUUAUACCACGAGCGCUGGAGUUUGUAUUUGCAAAUAUUACAACAAGACCAAACCCAUCUUAUAAACCAUUGCAUUAUUGCAACGUGGUCAAUCUUAAUGCACUUGAACGUGCACAGGAGCUUGAAGCAAAAACCAAGCUGCUAACGUUUAGUUCAGUGGAUAAGCAUCAGUACAUAAAUUCAUAUAAACAGAUGCAAAAGUUGUUGCAAGAAGAAUCGAUUCGUCCCAGUCAAUGUCAUGAUGCUCACUAUUCGAUUUGGGUUUCAUUUGCAGAAAUUUAUAACGAAAUUGUAUACGAUUUGUUGUCAACUGAACCACAAAAGAAGAGAAUGCCUUUAAAACUGGGAACAGACUCCAAUGGUAGAGCAUUUAUUAAAGGGUUGAAAACUCUUUAUGUUAAUUCGGCGGAAGAAGCCUAUCAAAUUUUGAUGGCAGGGCAAUAUAACUUAAAAGUAGCUGCGACUGCAUUGAAUGCAAAAAGCUCAAGAUCUCAUUGCAUAUUCACAAUUAUGUUAUUAAAGUAUUAUACAGAAAAUUCACCUGACGCGGUUGAAGUGAGCACGUUUUCUUUCUGUGAUUUGGCGGGCUCUGAACGCUUAAAAAAGACGUUGAACAUCGGAGACAGAUUGAAAGAAGCGCAGAAUAUUAACACUAGUUUACUAGUAUUAGGCAGAUGCUUGAAAUCGAUUCACGAAGGACAAUUGGCAAGAAGUAAAACGGAAGCUAUUGGACCGUUUAGAGAAUCUAAACUGACCAGAUUAUUUCAACGAGCAUUAUCAGGAAAGGAACAUCUAGCUUUAAUAGUUAACGUCAAUCCUAUGCCAAAUCUCUAUAUUGAGACCCAAAAUGUUCUCAAUUUUGCUGCGAUUGCGAAAAAGAUAAUUAUAGAAAAGAAGAAGCAAAUACAGAAGAAAUUGAAGUCGAGAUUCUCAAAAAUAGUCACGCAAAGUAUACAAACGGUGACGGAUUGGGAUGCUACAGAAUUAGAAAGUGGCGAUUGGCAACAUACUGUGGAGGAGAAUAUCACGGAAUAUAUUACUUCGGAAGAAUAUAUAGACCUCACAAAUGAAAAUGAAGAAUUAAAGAAGGAAAUUGCUCUUUUGAAGAAUUCAGCUAUAAUUCGAGAUUUUCAGAGUCGACAGGAAAUGGCCAAAAAGUACAUUGCGAUGAUAAACGAGCUUGAAGUUGAUUGGAAGCAACGUAUAAACGAUGUGGAAAGCCAGCAUGAGGAUGAUCUUGAAUGGAAUGUGAAACAAGUUGAAGAAUUUUACCAGGAAAAGUUGAAACAACUGUCUAAGAGGAAGAGAAAACAUAGCAAUUGCAGUGAUGACAGUAGCGACGAAGAUGAUGAUCUUCAGUCAAUUCGAAAAGAAUUAAAUCAAGAGAAUGCAAAAUUGAGAGAAAAGAAUGAAACUCUGAAAAAGGCACUGACCGAACUGAAAGUAAUGAACGAAACUUUAAUAGUAGAGAAAAAUAAAGCUUUCUUCGAACUGGGAUUGUCAAAGGAGGAUCUAAAAGUAGCGAAAAAUCUUCUAGAAGCUGCUCAGAAGGAUCUCAAUUUUGAUCACGAUGGUAAACUUUACAUAAAGGAAAUGGGAUUGCAAUUGCUGACUAAAGAGGAGCAGAUUAAAAAGCUCAAAGAAUUUCUCAAUGAAGCAAAAGAAGAAUAUAUCACUAUUACAUCUGAUUUAAGGAAGAGAGAACUUUACAUUGAUGAGCAAGCAAAGAUUAUAGUAGAACACGAAGAUAAAAUUGAAGAUUUAGAAUCGGAUCUGGAACAAAUUAACUUGUGCUUUACGGAAAAAUCUAGAUCAGUAGAGUUGCUUGAAAAGAAAUUGGAACGUCAAGAUGAAAAGUUGUUCGAUGCCGAGAAUAAAGUGUUAGAGCUGCAAAACGAAAUUGAACGGUUGAAAAAUGAAAAUUUGGCAUUACUCGAGUCUUCCGAGAAAUCGAUGUCGAAGACAUCUGACGAAGAGAUUGUUAUAAAGAAAGAAUAUAUUACUGACAUAUCAAUAGAUACGAAUAAUAUCACGCAAGAAAGAACAGAAGAAGUAUCUAGCGAAACCGAUGCAGACUCUAUUUUGAAAGAAAAGCCCGAUACUGCGUGUAAAUCUUCACAGAUAUUGGUGGAAACAGGCUGUCAGGUGGAUAUUGAAGACAAAUUGAACAGGAGCAUUCAGACUAUUGCAAUAUCAACAACGACAGAAGAUACUCAAACCAGUUAUCACGAAGUAUCUCUGAAAGAGGAAGCUGUUCAAACUGAUAAAAUUGUGGAGGACGCUAAAUUGCAAUUGGAACAAUUGACUGCACGAUACGAUGACAUUCAAACGCAAUACAAACAGGAAUGUUUGAAAAUCAAAGAGUUGACCGAAGAGUUAUUCGAUAUGAAAAAAACGAUGGAGGCUUUAAGAGAGGAAAAUAAUACGAAUAAAGCUGUCAUAGAUGAAUAUAUGCAUUCCGCUAAAGCACUCGAGGAACAACUGUCGCUUGCUGCAGAAGAGAAACGAAAAAUGGAAGAAACUCUACAGUGCUCUGACAAGAUUUCAAAGCAAAAGAUUGAGGAAUAUAAACGUGAAAUUGAUCAGUUGGAGAAACAUCUUUCCGCUGCCAAAGAAAAUGCUCAACAGUAUCUGGAGAAGCUGGAAGCAACUCAGAAAGAAUUCGAUAACUUUAUAUCCAAACAUAAAGAGGAAAAAGAGACUCGCGCGUCAGACGAAUCUGUCCCGAUAAAAGAAGAAAUAGACGAUACAAAAGACACAAAUGUAAAACAACUAGAUGAGUAUGCGGAAAAGGUGUUGCAACUGGAAAUGAGUCUGAAAGCUGUAGACAAGCUGAAGGAUGUCAUCGUUCAGUUGAACAAAAACUUGAAAACCUGUCGAACGGAGAUGGAUUGCAUGCAAAAGGUACUUCACGAGAAUGAUGAGAAAUUGUUGCAACUUAACAACCAAUUGCAGGAAACGACUGUCAAAGAGCAAGAAAAGGAUACCGAGAUCACGACUUUGCAGAAAGAACUGAAACGCAUGAUACAGCAAACCGAGAACAUGGAAAGGAACGAUGGCGCGAUGGAGGCGGAGUUGAAAAGUAAAUUGGGCGAAUUAAUGCAGAUGAAGGAAACGCUUCUCGAAAAGGAGCAGCACAUCAAGGAACUAAAAAUUCAUAUGGAAAAUUCUGAGAGAAAUAUAAAGAUAUUCAAUAUGCUGGAGGAUAGCGCGAAAGAACGGCAAGUCGAAAAUGAACGAUUGCGAAAGUUGAACGACGAAAUGAAGAUCAAUUUGGUUGAGAAGGAGCGCGAAAUGGAAACGUUCAUGAAGAACCGAGACGAGACGGUGACCAAGUACGAAAUGCUGGUGAAGAAUCUGCAAGAGGAAUUGGACAGAGAGAAGAGGGAAGUGAAGAGGUUUCAAGAAUUAUUCCAACGUAGACAAUUGACACCCACGCCUAAUAAAGAUGACUAUAGGAAAUUACAAAAUCGUAUAGAGAUUCUUCAGGAUAGAUUGCAGAAAUAUGAGAUCAGUGCAAAACUGAAGGAUCACUGCGAUAUGUCGGAGGACGAAACUCUGGGUCAACGUCUGACCAGACGACGAGGGAAGAAGGUUGCGUCGUCCGCCAAAGAGGAUGAGUCAAUCAUCGAACUGUCCGGAUCAGAAUCGAAACGCAGCACGAGGCGCAACGCUUUGCCUCCGCCGGAAGAAUCGACGGAGAAACGCGUGACGCGUAGAAAGAAGUUGUUUAUCGCUAAUGACUCAUUCACAGAUAUCGAGCCUUCCGCAGAUGUAUCGUUCGGCGAAAAAAUAGCAUCGAUCAUGCAAAGGCCUGGACAGGACCCUGUUGCCAAGGAUGAUGUGCCUUGGUGGAUGAAGUAUGCAGGCCGUGGACUCGGUACCGUAGGCAGUAUAAUUGCAAUUUUUCUUGGAGCCUGGAAUUGCGCAUCGAUACUUUUUGGUCAAAUUGACUGCUUAAUUAGUGGUAUGUGGCAAAUGAUAGCUGGUUUCCUAGUUGUAAUGAUCGAAGCACCUUGCUGCUGCUUGUUCAUCGACUUUGUACAGAAUUUAAGCGAUUGGGUGGAGAAAAAACCAUAUUGGAAUAGAGCAGCUGCUUAUUGUCUAAUAGCGUUGCCAGCAGUCUUCCUAUGCCCAGGAAUGAGUAGUAUAUUUGGCAGUGGUUUAAUAUUUGCAACGGGUAUAAUAUAUGGAUUGAUGUCUCUUGGGAAAAAAGGGUCCAGGCCCGACCCAGCAGGAAUGACGUCGGGCGUGGGUUCCCCACAGGGUACAGUGCCUCCUACUACAGAUCAUCAUACUACUCUCAUGGAGGAUCCUGAUGUCUGGAGGCCUACAUAAAUCAUCAAACAUUCAUUGCACCACUUCACUAACCAGGGCACCCUUUGGCGAAAUGAGAACAGCAGCAACGGACAUUCAAGCUCCAUCAUCGAGCAUGCGAUCCACGCUAGUUGAAAAUACUCAGCCAAUCGGUCUUAGCAGUACCCCAGGUAGUAUUGUUUGAUCGUUAGGAAUUAAUUGGAUGAACAAUGUAAUAUGUUUUGUGCGAAUGAUUGUGAGUGAUAACGAAUC